AUGGCUAUAUACUCUUUUUGGAUCUUCGAUAAACAUUGUAACUGUAUUUUUAAUAGAGAAUGGACCUUAGCUGCUGAUACAAAUAGCGGUACUAUGAACUCUAAACAAAAUGAAGAAACAGCCAAACUUCUGUAUGGUAUGAUCUAUUCUUUACGUUCAAUUACUCAAAAAUUAUCAAAAGGUUCUAAUACUAAUGAUGUAAGAAGUAUAUCCACUGGGAAAUAUAGAGUUCAUACCUACUGUACUGCCUCAGGUCUUUGGCUUGUCUUACUUACAGAUUUCAAACAACAAUCAUAUUCACAAGUACUUCAAUAUAUUUAUUCACAUAUAUAUGUUAAAUACGUUUCUCACAAUUUAUUAUCACCUCAAGACUUUGCUGACAAUGAAUCUGAGAUGAGAGGUCAAGGUAUAAGGAAAAUUACAAACAAAAAGUUCUUACAAUCAUUAGAAGCCUUUUUAGUACCAAUGAUAAAUAAUUAA